UUUUGUUUUUCUGAUCGCGUUUCUUUUCCUUAUUUUCUUUGUUUUCUUUAUUCUUCUUGGGUUUAAGAUGCUGGGUUGUGUUCAAAGCUUCUAAUUCAGAUGAUUUUAGGUUAAAGUCGCGAUCUUUAUAUGGAUUACACCACCCUCACAGUCACUUGUUUCAGAAAUAAAAGUACCCCAGAAAUACACCAUCGGAAAUUGAUUACAGAAGUUCUUGCACCAGAUCUGGGAGGGAAUUGGAUGAACUGGAAGAUGUGGACGUUGCUCGAGCUCGACAGAUUUCAUGGCGAUGGGAAUGCAGAUCAAAACGAUGCCAGCCAUGAUGAAUGCAGUAUUGCGCUUCCAGUGCUUGGUCAGACGUGGGGGAUGCCGAGUUACCUUCAAAACCACCAGGUCGAUAUCGUAAUCGCAUGUUGCACACUUCAUAACUUCAUUCGGGGAUACAACAACGAUGACAUCAUAUUCAACGAACCGGAUGAAGACACUCCUCCUGACAUGGAUUCCUUUUACCAUAGGGGACAUCCAACCACUUCUGAGUUAGAAGCGCAACGCACCCUCCGAGAUAACAUAGCGCUACAAAUGUGGGCAGCUCACCAUCCAAAUAACCCACAAUGAUGGAAGAACUGGACAAUCAUAUCUAAACUAU